AUGGGGAAGCUCGACGAAGGCCAUCCCGAGUCCGUGCCAUUGACGCGACAGCGGUCCGAAUCGCUCGCCUCCCAGACAUCCACCGAUUCCGGCUUAUCGAUUGCCUCCGCGGCCUUCAUGGAGAACCACAAGCGUGCCAACACUAUACCGAUGGAGGAAGGGGACGGGGAGAGAUACCGCGAUAUAGAAGAUGGAGGAGAACCUGGCUCAGAUAUACCUUUAUUGCCCAGCGGGAAGAAGGUAGGCUCGUCAAGUCGUUUGCGCCAGAUCGUCUGGUUGCUCGUGGUGCUUUGUGUGGGGGGCUGGAUGCUUGCCUUCGUGCUGUUCCUCACGCAGAAGCGGCCUGACGCCGCAGCGCUGUCAUCUGUCUCAACAGUUGAAAUCCAUGAGCCGGAUUCAGCUACUGGGGGCACAAGUUACGGGAAACCGGUGACCCUCGAGCAAGUUCUGACGGGUGACUGGCUGCCGCGCUCUCACGCGAUCUCCUGGAUUGCAGGACCCAAUGGCGAAGAUGGUCUUCUUGUUGAGCGGGGUGAGAAGCAGGAUGCCUAUCUACGAGUAGAAGACAUUCGCAAUAGCAAGGAUGGAGUUGAUAGCCUCGAGACGAGAGUGUUAAUGAAGAAGGGCUAUAUCUGGGGUGAUGGCGAGAUCGUCACUCCAGUUAAGACAUGGCCAAGCCCUGAUUUGAACAAGGUCUUGAUUAUGUCUAACUCCCAGCACAACUUCCGUCAUUCGUACUUCGGGAAAUAUUGGAUCUUCGAUGUGGCCACGCAGAAGGCUGAGCCGCUGGACCCUCAGAACCUAAGUGCGCGAGUGCAGCUUGCGGCUUGGGCACCCACUUCUGAUGCGGUCGCAUUCGUGCGAGAAAACAACCUAUACUUGCGCAAACUAGCUUCGUCGGACGUCAUUCCUAUUACCAAGGAUGGUGGCGAGAACCUCUUCUAUGGUGUCCCAGACUGGGUCUAUGAGGAAGAAGUAUUCCAAGGCAACACCGGAACCUGGUGGUCCACUGACGGAAAGUUUGUCGCGUUUCUUCGAACGAAUGAGUCGGCGGUGCCUGAAUACCCUAUUCAGUAUUUCCUUUCUCGGCCAUCAGGCAAAAAGCCCCUGCCAGGCCUCGAGAACUACCCCGAAGUUAGCCAGAUCAAGUACCCCAAACCAGGUAGCCCGAACCCGAUCGUCAACUUGCAAUUCUAUGAUGUCGAAAAGAAUGAGGUUUUCUCAUUUGACAUGCCAGAAGACUUUGUUGACGAGGAAAGAAUCAUCAUUGAGAUCGUUUGGGCGUCUGAGGGCAAGGUUUUGAUCCGGGAGACCAACCGUGAGAGUGAUGUCGUCAAGAUCUUCGUGAUGGACACAAAGGCCCGAACGGGAAAGCUUGUGCGAUCCGACGAUAUUGCGGCCCUGGACGGUGGCUGGGUUGAACCAUCCCAAUCGACUCGGUUCAUUCCUGCCGAUGCAGAAAACGGCCGGCCGCACGACGGCUAUAUCGACACUGUUAUAUAUGAAGGCUAUGAUCAUUUGGCUUAUUUCACACCUUUCGAAAACCCCGAGCCAGUUAUGCUGACCAAGGGCAAUUGGGAGGUGGUUCAGGCACCCUCCGCCGUUGACCUGAAGAAAGGUCUGGUUUAUUUCGUUGCUACGAAGGAGGCCCCAACUGAGCGUCACGUAUACUCGGUCAAACUGGAUGGUUCCGACUUUCGACCGCUGACCGACAUAUCUAAACCCGGCUUCUUCGAUGUUUCAUUUUCUGACGGAGCCGGAUACGGCUUGCUCAGCUAUAAAGGUCCGGCAGUGCCAUGGCAGGCUGUGAUCAACACUCACGGCAGCGAGAUCGAAUUCGAAAGUCUCAUUGAGGAAAAUUCGAAGCUUUCUAAGAUGGUCGAGGAUUUUGCCCUCCCAGCAGAGGUUUACACCAAUGUGACUAUCGAUGGUUACACACUUCAAGUUCUCGAACGUCGCCCCCCACACUUUAAUCCAAAGAAAAAGUACCCUGUACUGUUCUUCUUAUAUGGCGGACCUGGUUCGCAGACAGUGGACCGCAAAUUCACCAUUGAUUUUCAAUCGUAUGUUGCCUCGAGCUUAGGGUACAUCGUGGUCACCAUGGACGGUCGUGGAACAGGAUUCAUCGGGAGAGAAGCCCGAUGCAUUGUUCGCGGUAACGUCGGCCAUUAUGAAGCCCACGACCAGAUUGAAACUGCCAAACUCUGGUCCUACAAGGACUAUGUUGAUGAAACUCGCAUGGCCAUCUGGGGCUGGAGCUAUGGCGGCUUCAUGGCCUUGAAGGUACUUGAACAAGACGCGGGCGAGACAUUUCAAUACGGCAUGGCCGUGGCGCCAGUGACAGACUGGAGAUUCUAUGACUCUAUCUAUACAGAACGUUAUAUGCACACCCCAGAGCACAACCCCACAGGCUACGAUAAUGCCUCCAUAAACAACGUCAUGGCAUUGGGCCAGAAUACUCGGUUCCUAAUUAUGCACGGCGUUGCCGAUGAUAAUGUUCACCUGCAGAAUACUCUGGUGUUGAUUGACAAGCUGGACUUGUCGAACAUCGACAACUACGACAUGCAGGUCUUCCCUGAUUCAGACCAUAGUAUCAAUUUCCACAGGGCGCACACGCUUGUUUAUGAACGUCUUUCGAGCUGGCUCAUCAAUGCAUUCAACGGCGAAUGGCAGCGAAUCGAGAAUCCGAAACCGGAGGAGUCUACAUGA